AUGGUCCUCCAGAAUCCCAGAGUCCUUCAUGGUUCCAGCCAAUCCAAGUUAGCAGCGCGGCCGCAUGGCGGCCUAGAGAGAGUUUGUUGCUUCUGAGGCUGCUCUCCAUUUCGGAGCUUCGCCCGCGCCUGGGGAUCGAGGGUCCGCUCCUGAAGCCGGGUGUUUGGAUCGUGGAGGCGGGCGACAUCUUCCAGCGACGAUGCCUCACCGGAAGAAGAAGCCCUUCAUUCAGAAGAAGUCAGCGGUGACCUUUCACUUGGUGCACAGAAGCCAGAAGGACCCACUGGUCGCAGACGAGAACGCCCCACAGAGAGUUCUACUGCCGGCAGAGAGAACAGAUUUACAAAAGCGUAAAGAAGAGGAAAGGAAAUACGGCAUCUUCUAUGAUGAUACUUACAACUAUCUGCAGCAUUUGAAAGAGGCAUCUCCGGUUGCUGAGCUUGUGGUCUCCAGUGUACCCCGGAAGGAGAGCCAAGACACCGUAACCACCGGCGAUGGAGACCUGCGGGAGGAAGUGCAACAGAUUCCUGUUCACUCCAUUAACCUGCCAUCGUCAGUUUUUGCUUCAGAGUUUGAAGAGAAAACUGGAUUGCUGAACAAAGCAGCUCCUGUUCGAGGACCUCGCCCAGACCUCGAUCCGGAUAUUGUUGCUGCUCUCGAUGAUGAUUUUGAUUUUGAUGAUCCAGACAACAUUCUGGAGGAUGACUUUAUGGUGAAGGCUGGUGGGAGAGAGAGUGCGGAGAAUGCUGAAGUGGAUUCUGAUGACGAGGAGUGGGAGGAUACAGAGGAUGAAGACUUUGACUCGGUCGGUGCUCUCUCUGAUGAUGAUAAUGAUGGUUCAAAGAUUGUUCGCUUUGAAGGCGGGAUGAGGGAAUUCUCCUUCAUGGAGGAGGAAACCAGGAGUCGCUUCACUGCCUACUCCAUGACAUCAUCUGUGAUGAGACGAAAUGAGCAGCUCACCCUGUUGGACGAUCGGUUUGAGAAGUUGUACGAAGAGUACGAUGACGAUGAGAUUGGAGCUCUGGAUCACCACGAACUUGAGGGAUCGAUUCAGGUGGACAGUGCACGGCUGGAUGAAGUUAUCAAUGAUUACCACACUCAGAAAGCAAAAGACUGUCAAAUGCCCGAUGAGCUGGGACCAAGGGGAGGUGUUCUAUUAAAGGGAGAUGAGGAAGAGGAAAACGAGGAGAUUGAAGUUCUCGUCAUUGAGGAACCAACCGAGCAAUGGGAUUGUGAAUCCAUCCUGAGCACCUAUUCAAAUUUAUACAACCACCCGAAGCUGAUAACUGACCCACCUAAGCUCAAUCCAGUCAAGGUGUCCAGGAAAACCGGGAUUCCCUUGGAUGUUUUACCGAAAAAGAGUCUGACCACUAAACAAUUGGAGAGGAUGGAAAUGAUUAAUGUCAAUGACAUUCCCAGAGCCUCGACGCAGUCACGUCCACCGAAUGAGAGCAAAGAGGACAAGAAAAUCCGGAAACAGAAAAUUAAAGAAGAAAGGAAGGAGCGAAGACUGGAGAAAAAAGCCAACAGAAAUGCAUUUAAAAUAGAGAAAGUAAGACAGGAACAAGUGAUACUGAACCUGAGGCAGAACUUGCAGGGAAUCAGACUAGAGUUAUAGUACAUAAGGGUCUCCCUCUCCCACCGGACAUUGGAUAAAGGAGGGAAUUUGUUGGAGGUUCGUUCACUGACUGACAGUUCAAAUGAAGAGUUCAAACUAACCCCUCUGCUGCCUCUGACCAUCAGCCAAACCAAUAGACUUGAUUCCUUACCAAGAUAAAGCUUUGGCCCUUGCAGCGAUUGCAGCAUGGACCUGCACUUUUCCUCAAGAGAAACUCACCCUUUCAUCAAACGCCGAAGUUUCUUUGGGAUGUCUGCGGAAUGUUCUUCUUAACUCUGAUCAUCUUCAGCAUGGAAAGGCACUCUCAUAGGUGGACCUUUAUCCCACAAAAGACAGUUCAUUAAAAAAAAGGCCUGUGCCUCGACUUAUUUAUGGAAUGCUUGAGUUUUCUCAGCCAGUGAGGAGAUCAAGUUAAUUGAUGUGACUUUUCACAAUGAAGUUCUAUUGGCUGUGUCUGUUCCGUUGACUGGACAGCUGGCUCAAGACAACAAGGCCAUGUAUUCAAUUCCUGCACCAGCUGAGGUUACCAUGUCAGACUUUCCUCUUCAACCUCUCCCCUCUCUUGAGGUGCAGUGACCCUCAGGUUAAACUACUACCAUUCUUCACAGUCUGAUGAAAGAACAGCUCUGUGGUCUGGUAAGACUGUGGUGACUUUACCAUUCGCUUUAGUGACUAGUCCAUGCAGCUGCAGACGGUCUGCGUGGGAGCUGGGCUCUUGACCUUUAGGAUCGGGUCAGUGGCACUCUGGAAAGUGUGAUGCCAUAAUCUGUUGUUCAGAUGGUGCAGCGCUGCUGAGAUACUGUUCCUUGAUGAGAUAUUGGAAUGAUGCAAUGCAAAAUUGAGAUUUUGUGAACUAAUUGCAAAGCUGCUUCCAUUGACUGGAGUGACAGUACCAGGAUGGGGGACACAAAUUUAUGAUUACCAAAAGAUGCAGAAUGGGAGAUGAGAAAUGUAGUAAGAUAUGUCCUGAAUGUGCUACUUGAAAGAGUAAUGAAGUGAAUUCAAUAAUCACUUUCAAAAGGAAAUUGGAUGAAUCCUUCAAUGGGGAAACGUUUGAAGGUUUAUUGGCAAAGAGCAGAUCAAUGAAACUAAUCAAAUAGAUUUUUCAAAGAGCCAGCACAAGUGCAAACGGGCUGAGUGGCCUUCCAUCCUUUGUAAUUUAUGGUACUUCAACCUACUGUCAGCUCUUUCUCCAGACCGUAGUUGUGAUGUUUCCCUGUGUGCUGUGAGAUGUGCAACCUCUGUCUUUGUUGCUUCUCCUGAUGUGUAGCGAGUGCAGCAAGGAAGGUAAUGCACAGUUGAAUAUCAUCAUCCACUGAUUGUAACUAAUACAAAUGAGCUCCAGGAAAACAUUUUAAAACUCAAACUGCAGGCCUUUUCCACUAUCUUCUCAUUUAACUAGCACCACUUCUCAUAUUGUUUGAGACAGGGAGCAGUGAGAGAGUGUGUGUGUGUGUGUGUGUGUGUGUGUAUUCCACACAGUGCCUUCACCUUCCCACGCCAUCUCCCUUACCAGAAAAGCCCUGUGUUACACCGAGCGUGUGGAUGCAGGAAACAAACAUUGGUGGAGAGAAACCUCCCAUUGCUGUGCUGGGUCUAAUGUAUGAGGAAAUUGUCAGAGUUCACUGCUAUUUCAGGGCAUUGCGGGGAGUUUUUUCUCCUCUGCUGUACAGUGCAUUGCGGUAAUUCAGAAAAUGAAGGCCUGAUGUGGUCGGUAAUAACUUUCUGCCAUUGCUCAAAUGGCCUGACACCUCAGAUAAAUGUCCUGAGUCCUUUCUUUGGACUUGUUUCCACUAGUGACUAUCUUUUGUCAGCUUUGUAAUAGCAAGAGGCAGGCAACCAUGUUUAAAGAAUCACGAGAUGUGGGUGUUGCUGCUAACACCAGCAUUUCUUACCCCUGCAUAAUUGCCCUGGCGAAGGUGGUAAUAAACUGCUCCUUCAGAUACACAUGAGAAUCUUGCUGGGCCUUUGCAGACAUAUAAAGGCUAGCCGUGUUGCCUUGGAUCUAGAAUUACAAGCAGCUCCCUUCACUAAAGGAGCAGGUUUACCACCACCUCUAGGAAUGCUGCAGAUUUUUCAGGAAUCUAAGGCUUAUUCUUUCAAUAUUACUGUAAGCAACCUGCGACGUUAAAAUAAAGAUAGAUUUAUUAUUUUC